AUGUCUUCAAUUCAGCACAGCUACAAGUUCUGCCCGAGAUGCGACUGCGUUUUGCGUCCGAGAGUAAUAUCCGAGACGUAUCAAGGAAGAACUGACCGCCGUUUCCGAAAACUUAAGAUGCGCUGUAGUGUUUGUGAUUACUCACAAGACGCUGAUAUUGGGGAUCAUCGAGUUUCUCGCACAGAGUUCAAACCUUGGGGCUGUCAUUUGCAAGAAAUUCCUUCACCAGAUUUGAAGUUUGAUGCAACUAUUCAUCGUCACGAAAAACAAGUAUGUCCAGAAUGCAAAAAUAUAAUUCAGCCACUUGAAUUGCACACCCGACAUCAAGAUAGCUUGCGCUGUGACUUGAUGUGUCCUGAAUGCGAAGCUGUGUUUCCAAUUCCCAAUACUUUUCAACAUGAGCAAAUUAAUUAA